ACUCACUACAGCUUGACGUAUCAGUACGUCCAAGGUUACGAGCAUAACAGAUUUCCCAGUCGGAUCCUUGGGCCUCAGUCAAAAUGCUCCUCCUAGACUAUCAGAAUGUCUACAUACAAUCUGUGCUCACCGAGCGCUUCUCAGGUGCCCCUCCAGCUUCGAUCGACCAGACAGUCUCCGACUUUGAUGGAGUUACUUUCCAUGUCUCUACACCUGAAUCGAAGUCCAAAAUUCUAGUAUCUCUCCAGAUUAAGUGCUACGACGAGCUUGUCAAACACGGCGCAACAAAGGUCCUGGAACGAGAGUAUGGGUCUUACGUCGUUCCACCGGAGAAUGGAUACGACUUUUCAGUCCAGGUGGACUUGGACAACCUGCCGGAAGACCAAGGCGAACGGGAUGCAUUGAUUCGAAGCAUUUCCUUACUGAAGCGGAACGCCGUGGCUGCACCAUUCGAGCAAGCUUUCGAGGAACAUCACGCUCUCCAUGAAGAAGCAUCCAAGUUUACAUCCGAAGAAGCUCCGCAGGGCGUACGAGAGGGUGGUGAGGUUAAAGCCAUCCACUACCGUGAGGAGGAGGCUAUUUAUAUCAAAGCCAGCCACGACAGAGUCACUGUCAUUUUCAGCACUGUAUUCAGGGAAGAGACAGACAGAGUUUUUGGCAAGGUAUUCAUACAGGAGUUUGUUGACGCCAGACGAAGGGCGAUACAGAAUGCGCCGCAAGUACUGUACAGGACGGACCCCCCUCUCGAGCUCCAAGGUGUUCCAGGAGUAAAGGACUCGGGCACGGGUGAGAUUGGCUACGUUACAUUUGUUCUUUUCCCCAGGCAUCUUACGAAACAGCGACGAGACGAGGUUAUUUCACACAUUCAAACCUUCCGUGACUACUUCCACUACCACAUCAAAGCUUCCAAGGCAUAUAUUCACUCGAGAAUGCGUAGACGGACGGCCGACUUCCUCCAGGUAUUACGACGGGCACGUCCAGAGAAUGAGGAGAAGGAACGCAAGACUGCUAGUGGCCGUACAUUCAAAGUGCAGGGGAACUGAGCGCGUCAUGGGUUAUGAACCCUCCUUUUUAAAGGCUAGAAAUCAAACAAUAUCCAUCGUUCAAUCGAGUGCCUCUUCCAGUAGAUUGAGACCCAGGUAGAUGGUUGGCUGGGCAAUAGAAGUUCGGGAGACAAACACUAGAUUAUUUUAAGUUUGAUUCGAAUCCGAACAUAUAAAUGAGAUACAG